AGCAGGAGGAAAUUGAUUCUGAGAAAUCAUUAUUUUGGUCAUUGGUUGGAUAAUUGCAAGGUUUGCCAGAUGGCUCGUGCAUCUGCUUUGAUGACUGCAGUUCUAUGAAAGGGCGGGGAUGGAGGAGAGCACUUUUGAGACUUUCGAAGACGAACUUGGUAGCCCCCUGCAAGAAGCGCCCACUCCUCCUAAACCAAUUAGACAGGCACGCAGACCAGAGAUGUAUGCACAACAGAGACGAAUGAGAGAGGACGCAGCGAUUCCUCAGCAAGUUCCUAAAACUAUUCCCAGGGAGCCCUCUACCUCCAGAACCAAUGCCGUAUCCGGCCUACGCAAGGCGCUGUCUAUGCAGAGCCUGGCCCAGGUUGAGGUUCCAUUCCAGGGAGUGACACUGAACCGCUGCUUGUUCAUAGCCAUUACCAUACUGGUCAUCACAUCCGGCUGCCAGAGGCUAAAUGAGACGUUGCGGGGUCGUAAGGACACAGUCGAGGAAGAGGAGGAGAGCGCCCUGAGUCUGAGGCACGGCGGACUGAAGAAGCACCAGCCGGAGCCAGAGCCCGAGACUUCACUUUGGGACACCUUCUUCUGGUGGAUGGACGACGACGAUGACGAUGACGCAAAAGGCCGCGGGCGGAAGAAGCGAGCUGCCCAGGAGAAGUCCAGCAGGAGCCUGAGACACAAACACCUGGAGGGGAGAUCACUGCUGAGGAAGAGCGAAGGUCGUCUGAGCGACAGGCGAAAGAAACGCAGCAGGGGAGAGGAGGAAGAGGACGAAGGGAGAGUGAGGGGGAAGAGAGAACUUAAGAAGAGGGCAAAGAAAUUAGAAGAGGAAGAGGAGGAGGAGGAAGAUGAGGAAGAGGAGGAGGAGGAGGAGGAUGACGAACUAGACGAUGAAGAAGAAGAGAAACCCAAAAAGACAAAAAAGGCAAAAGAUGCAAAGGAAAAACAAACCAAGCCUAAAGGAAAGGAGAAGAGGAAGAAAAACAUGUGAAGAUUUGUACAGGAGUGGAAAACCAGAUCACUGUGUCCACCUCUGGAUUCUGUGACACGGAGGGUGGAUUCCAAUAUGCGGACUCCCGUCCUCGACCUUGCGUUUCGCUGACGCCCGCCCUCCAUGGAGAAAACAAAUUUUCCAUGCUGUCAGCCUAGCUAAGACAACUUUUGGGGGACUAUUCUUCACUCACCAUACCGAUUGCAAAUGCAAAAAUGACAUUGGAAUUGCGCUUUUGCGAGAUAUUGAAAUACACUUCCGUCGUCAGUGACGUCAUCGCGAGGCCAUAAGCAUGCAAGGGAGCAAGGGAGGACGGGAGUCUGCAUAUUAGAAUGCACUCAGAGAUUCUGAGCUUGCAAUAUCCCUGUUGAUCACUCAGGGCACACUCCACCGCUUUAGUGCUGGUCUUGAUGACCUAUGGCUUCUGUGUCAGUGGAGUCAGUCCCUGUCCCUGGCUGUGGUUUAUAGUCACAGAGAGAUCACAACAAUCCCAACGUCAGUGACAACAUACCAGGGCUGAAUUCACUGCACAUUAGCAUACUGAACAUACUUUCUGCCUGUUAUCCUGAGGCAUUAAGUGUUAUUUAUCAAAAUUGAAAGGUACACAUUUCAAGGCCUCAGAUAUUUCAUGACUGGAACGGUUGAAUCUCUGGCUAGUAAAUUCAAAAUAGGCCAAUAAGCCAUUAGUAUUGAAUUAUUUUUGAGCAAGUGAAAUUGUACACUUUCAUAGGCAGUACCAAUAAAUGUAAUGCGUCUAUCUUCAAAGCUUCAUUCACAGUAAUAAACACAUUUACUAAAUAUAAUUUCCAAUUCAACGUCAAAGUGCUGCCAGCUUUUCAUGUUUGUGGAACUGCUUUUGUUAAAAAAAAAAAUUGUUCAAAAAAAAUAAAUGUGGACUGGAUGAAGAAAAAUAAA